UAUCUUCUUCGUCCAAGACGUUAACCCCAUCUCGUUGAAAGAGAAGAUGCUAAGAUCUCAUCAAAGCAGAGUAUAACAACACCUUGACCUCGUUGAAGAAGCCUUUGAGAUUGUCUCGGAGAUCUAAAAAAUGUCAAUCCUCCAAGUCUCCACUUCAUCUCUUUCUUCUUCUAUUCUUCUCUCCAUCUCUCCCAGAAAAUCUCUCUCGUCUCCUAAGUCAUGCCGGAUAGUUCGUUGUUCUGUCGAGGGAACCACUGUAACCGAGCGAAAAGUCUCGGCAAUCAGUGAGCCUCUUCUUCUGAGAGCUGUUAAAGGUGAAGUUGUUGAUAGACCUCCGGUUUGGCUUAUGAGGCAAGCUGGGAGGUACAUGAAGAGUUAUCAAACUCUGUGUGAGAAGUAUCCUUCUUUCCGAGAUAGGUCAGAGAAUGCGGAUCUUGUGGUGGAAAUUUCUCUGCAGCCAUGGAAGGUGUUUAAGCCAGAUGGGGUGAUUCUGUUCUCAGACAUUCUCACUCCAUUGUCUGGAAUGAACAUACCUUUUGACAUUGUUAAAGGAAAAGGUCCUAUCAUCUUCAACCCGCCGCAAUCAGCUGCCGAUGUUGAUCAAGUUAGAGAAUUCAUACCAGAGGAAUCUGUACCUUAUGUUGGAGAAGCACUCAGAAGAUUAAGAAAUGAGGUGAACAACGAAGCUGCUGUUCUGGGUUUUGUUGGAGCUCCGUUUACUCUUUCUUCGUAUGUAAUCGAAGGUGGCUCAUCUAAGAACUUCACACAGAUAAAAAGAUUAGCUUUUUCUCAACCCAAGGUUCUACAUGCUUUACUCCAGAAGUUCACGACCUCGAUGAUCACGUACAUACGUUAUCAAGCAGAUAGCGGAGCUCAAGCUGUACAAAUAUUCGACUCUUGGGCUACCGAGCUUAGCCCGGUGGAUUUUGAAGAGUUUAGCUUACCUUAUCUUAAACAGAUUGUGGAAGCUGUGAAACAAACUCACCCGAACCUACCUCUCAUUCUGUAUGCGAGUGGAUCAGGAGGUUUGCUAGAGAGACUGGCUCGAACCGGUGUGGAUGUUGUGAGCUUGGACUGGACUGUAGACAUGGCUGAAGGAAGAGACCGGUUAGGAAGAGACCUAGCGGUUCAAGGAAACGUGGAUCCGGGAGUUCUAUUUGGAUCGAAAGAAUUUAUCACAAGCAGGAUUCAUGAUACUGUGAAGAAAGCGGGGAGAGAUAAACACAUUCUCAACUUGGGGCAUGGUAUUAAAGUUGGAACCCCUGAAGAGAAUGUUGCACACUUCUUUGAGGUUGCUCAAGGAAUUAGAUAUUAAGAGAAAGAGUGAUGAUGAUUAUGCUUUGUUUGUUGUUCACUUCGGCCUUUAUCUUUUUUUUGUUUUCAAUUUGAGAUGUGUAAUUUUAUUUUUUAACUGUAAUUUUUUGUUUGGAGACUACUUCGAAGAGAAUAGUGAUUAACGUGCAACAUAUGGAUAUUCAUAUAUGUAGGCUCUUGAUUUCCACUUA